AGGCCAGCUACAUCUACCUAGCAAGCUUGCCAACUCGCUACAGACCAAUAUGUUACUCACUAAUAUUCUCAGCGCCGCAGCUCUGGCUGGCAGUGCUUUGGCUUUCUCAGAUUCGACACCAUGGGUUCUUCUUUCAACGUCUGAGUACGUACUGAAGCUUCCAAUAACUGACGAAACUAACAUCAAAUAGCCUCUCCGGCCAAGUGCCUCAACAAAUGCAAACUAGCCCCGUCGUCUUGAAAUCAACAAAAGAAUUUCUAAUCAACUGCCCAAGCGAUGCGUACCUGAUUGCAACACAGCCGGGUCUGAGUGCGGCCGACUUCCGAAGCUCCAAAGCCUGGGCUAUGCCAUUCCUCCAUCAAACAGCGACUAAAGACAAGAGGAUCAAGGGUCGAUACGUUGUAUCCGAAGUCAUCGGAAAGUUACCCGAGUUUGAUAUGGUCGAAUUUGUUCGAUCUGCGUGUAAGAAAGCGGGUAAACACGUUACAAUCGCAGAGCUUGCACUCCAGCCGUUGUCCAGUGGCGAUCGCGCGCAACGACUGGCUGCAAACGAUAAAACGCUAGCGGCGAAGUUAAACGAAAUGACGAACGAAAAAAGCUUCACGAUACUGAUGAUGUCACCCCCUGGCGAGCCAACCUAUGAACCCGAAUUCAACGCCGCCCUCCGAGUCGCGCAGAAGAGGGCAGCCGAGAAAUCUGUAGCUGAGAAGCCUACUACCUCUGCUGCUGCUACUUCCACUGCCACUGCUGUGCCUGUUAAGCUGCCAUUAUUCGAAAAAUACCAGUUCUUCACCCCAGCGCUCUUCAUGGGCUUCCUGGCGGCUGCCUUCAUGAUGAUGAUUGUUACUGUAGGUAUCAAAGGACUAAUGAGUCUCGAGGUAUCAUACGGUGCAUUUGAAAAGGAGAUGGGGCCUGCAGCACAGAAGAAGCAGCAAUAGCGCUCGACAAGGUUUAAAGGCAUCUCGGUUGUAGUACUGUACUUUUGUAAUUUUUAUCAAGAAAACAAAUCUCUAUUAGUGAAUGGCACAUAGUUUUUUUACACACUCGGUAACAAGGAUACUAAAUUCCGAUGUGCUUAUAUUGUUAUGAUAGAAUGCGCUGGAUGCAGAAAAAACACGAAAGUUCAAUUUUGUACUCCCAAACACCAAGGAACAGUCCGCCCCCAUAAACGCCAAAUCGAACCUGUAAAUACGCUAGACCAGAUGGCUAGGAAGGAGGAAGUUGGCGAUACCUUCCUUGAUAGCAUACUCGUGACCACAGUUUCCGCAGACAAGCUUUCCCUCCGAAAUCUGAGUCUCAAGAAGGAUAUGGUGAAGGUCUUGGAGGGUCUUCUCAUCGCUCUGCAGAGUCUCUGCUGAGGGAGCCUGUUCGGGUAAUUCCGGGAAGCCCAGCUAGAAUUUCGUUAGCAGAUGAACACAUAUUGCAUUACUAGUAAAUCGUCUAUCUCGUGUGGCUGCCACUGUAGAAAAACUUCACAACCAGCUAGAAGACAGCCUAUGAGCAGGGUUAUGUACGUACUUCUGAGGCUGUAGUACGGAGUGCCUUCCAGUCUAACCUCGGCAAAACGUUGAGGAUCAUGUCAGGGUUCAGCUCGAUCUCAUCUUCGACGAGUUCAGCAUCCUUGGGAUGGAGGGGAAACGAGUCGGCGGAGCUUUUACAAGCCUUGACCGCGCAGGUAACAAAAUUGAUGCUAAGAACCUUCAUUUUGAAUUGAUAUAUUCGGUUUCAAUAACUUAAAUCAGUUGCGAAAGGGAUAUGAUAUUUUGGGCAGUGGAUAAAUUGUGAUUUAAAAUUUUGGUCGGCAUGUAUGCUCAAGACUUACAACAUUUUCAAGUUCAAUGGUGGUUCCGCUCAAUCCACGUGACGCGCUGCCAGUCAGCUAAUCGAUACAUGCUGGGGCUCCACGACACGAUCUCGUCAUAGGCAUGCACACAGCAACUUGCAAAGAUACAAUCCACAUUGAAACUGAAGAACCAAUCGAGCUUUAAAAUUGUCAUUCGCCUAUUUAUGCCAGGGUCUUUUCGUAACCAACAUCUUCUCUCAUCAGCUGGGCUCGGCGGCUAGAAAUGUAGUAUCCUACGCCAGCAACGACACCAACAAAAAUAAUAAUGUGCAAGAAGGAAGGCCCUUCAGUCACCGGUGACUUAACAACAGGGCUUUUAGAGUUAGUUGGCGGUGUUUGGAGCUCGCCAUCGUCGUCUUUAGAGUCUGAGUUCUGCAAGUAUCAGCGGACCAGGCAAGAGUAGGCGAAACUGGAAGCCGUGAUGGGCGGCUUAAAGCUCAACAUGAAUACCUUCGGGAGGGACCUCGAGCUCGCCACUCUUGGCGAUCUUGACAGUCUCCUUGGGCUUGUCGCCGGGAAGCUUCUCGACGUUCUGGAUCUUGUCGACGAUCUCGUAACCCUCGAGGACCUCUCCGAAGACAACAUGGCGUCCAUCGAGCCAACUAAAGACAGGUGAAUUAGUAAUUGGGUCAUUAGGUGAGAUAUAAAUAUCGCGCAGACGUACGAGGUAACGACGGUGGUGAUGAAGAACUGGGAGCCGUUGGUGUCCUUGCCGGCGUUGGCCAUGGACAAGAGACCCUUCUUGGUGUGCUUAAGCUUGAAGUUCUCGUCCUUGAACUUGUCGCCAUAGACUAUAUCGAGUGUCAGUUGCUGAUGCAUAUUGAGAGUGACUGUUGAUAGAACUUACUGGACUUGCCACCGGUGCCGUCACCACGGGUGAAGUCACCACCCUGGAUCAUGAAGUCCUUGAUCACACGGUGAAAGGUAGAGCCUUCAUAGCCGAAGCCCUUCUCCCCUGUAGCAAGAGCACGGAAGUUUUCAGUAGUUUCAGGGACAGUCUUGCCAUAGAGACCCAUGACAAUACGGCCGAGGUUCUCCUCGCCAUGCUGGAUGUCGAAGUACACCUUGUGGGUGAUCUUGGGACCCUUGGUAGCCUCAGCGCCACUGGAGAACAGCAGCAUGCUGAGGCCGAGGAAAAGAGCGGCAGAAAUGAAAAGACGCUUUAAGUCGAACAUGAUUACUUGUCAAAUUGGAUGAUUUGCAGGUGCAAAGUCCAACAAUUGAUAGUUGAAAGAAGAGCAGUGGGACAAGAGAGCGGAGGACAGCUGUACCUUAUGAGCC